AUGGCGCUAAGAGAGCAAUCUAUCCCGCUUCAGGUAUCUCGAUCGAGGGGUAGUUCGACAGUUUCAAUCACUCAGCCCCCUCCAAGUCGAUCUCAACUCCCUCUUCUCUGCUUGCCACCUACAACCUUUCACUCCCUAUCACCAAAGGCACCGCGCUCUGCCGACUGCCUUAUCGCCGACCAUCCGAACCAAGGUCCAGUCGUCGAUUUAUCGAGGGGGUCAAGCGCUGAAACACCGGGCGUGUGGCUCCAUCUUCCCCACUCUGUUCGUUUUAUCUCGACCGACCCUCCUCUCCGCCUGCCUUUUCACAUCCCCGUCGAUCGUUAUUCGCAGCGACCUGCCCUUGCUUUGACCAUUACGGGCCACUCGCUCAUUUCUGAGUUGGGUGGCAGCUGCUCGCAAUCCGUGUCGACUGCCAUUUCGGUCUAUCCUCCCGAUCCAAAGGUGCGCAAGCUCGCCGAUGGUCACCUUUACCUGCCCCGGUUCCUUCUCCGGCUUUGA